GAGGUGGUAGAUACAGGUUUCGGAUUGGUGGAUUAGACGCACACGGCACAGUAAUCGGGAGGAUCACAUGGAGGCUUGGUGUAAAAGCGCGUGGAUCACACAAAUAACGUAUUCCCAUCGUAACAGAUGAAAUAAUGUUUUGUUUGUCAAGUACUCGAUCCGUUAUCGCUUGUACGUAUGUUCGCGUGUGAAUAUUUCGCAGAAAUGCUGAUCAGGCUGGCAGACAGUGAGCUCCUGUACUCGGGCGAGUAACGUGUUAGUUUUGUGUUUGUUGGUGACUUUUUUCAGUCGAGCGAUGUCUCAGGCAGCUCUACUGUCGCUGCAUCAGGAGCUCAGAAAAUGCUUUCGGAGUUUGGAGGCGAGCCGCAGCGUUUGGAGAUCUGCUCUGGAGGAGUGCUCGCCUUUACUGAGCUCUCUGGGAAACCUCGCCGAGCAGCUGAGGGCGCUGAAGAGUGUAGAACUGCUCAACACGCCUCUCGCCAAGUUCCCAGACCUUCAAGAACGCCUUCAGCACAAACUCACUCAGGCAGCGGACACUGUCCUGAGCAGGUUAAGUGAAAAAAUGGAUGCCCUUCAAGUGGUGAAGGAUUCCAUCAGUAAGCAGGUGUUUGCGGUUUUCCAGCUGUACGAGCAGAACUCAGACGUCCUUGAUCUGCGCUCUUGUGUUGCCAGAUCUGCUAUUUCUCCAUCAGUUGCUGACAUGUUGGAAUGGCUCCAGGAUGCAGAAUACUACUAUCGUGUCCAAUAUGUUCAGAGGAGCAACCUGCUACAGAUGCUAAAGCCUGAUGACCUUACACUUAUGGAAACAGCACCAAAGAGAUGGGCAUCUUUAGAUUCCCCUAGUAGAGAAGAAAGAAUUUCAGAUGCGCUCUUUCAAGUGUCCUUCUUCUUGGAGUCUGAGUAAACUGUUAUUGAGUUUCUGCCAAGCUUACGUCACCUAUUUACAAGCUCCCAACUGGAAAAAAGUGCGACUCUGAGCUGUAAUUACCAGGCGGAAACUUGGUAACCUGAGUUUCAGAGUGUCCUGUAAUGUCUGGCUCUCAUCUUCUUAUACUACAAACACCGCUCAAGCUUGCUUUGGCAGUUUUCAGGAAACUGAAUGCUAAAAGGCACAGCUUGUACCCCCAACUUUACAACAACCAGCGUUAGUUUAUUAAUUUUUCAUAUGGGGAAAAUUCCAAGAAGCACUAAUCGCUGGAAUGCAGCGUUAGUAUAACAAAUGAGGAUAAGGAUGCACAGCAGCCCACACAUAACAUGAGGUAAUGUGUGAACAUAUGCAGUGAUAUUGAACUUGCUGAUGUCGGUGGACUCAAAAUCUCCUAGGAACUUCACAGACUCUUAAAGAAUGCUGUUUAAGGACUUUUGUGAAAACCUGAGGUAAACACUGAUUUUGUUCCUGGACUUGUACAGCACAAGUGUUCUUAACAUGAAUUACUUUGCAUUUGUUGCAGUUAGCAUCUACUACAUUGAAAUGAUUUCAGUAUUGUUCAGUCACAUCAUGUCUAUUUAUUAUCACACAUCCCUAGCUUAUUAUGUUUUAACAAAAUAAAUAUAAAAUCACUUCACUCACAGCAAACUUGGUUACAGAGGUUGUUUCUGUGAUGAAAAUUGGGGUCUAUAGGACGUAGAGUACAGAUCACAGUGUAGAUACUGUUUAUCUCAACUAUAAGAGAUGGGCAGCUGUUAACAGGAUGAAAUUAAGAUAAGCAGAUAAAUAAGAAAUCAAUUACUUAGAAAAAACAUAGUGCAGUUUAAAACCACACCCUCGUGUGGACAGAAAUGAAAAACAGUACAUAUAUAAGGAUGUCAAUAAAAUACCUUUAGGAUAAUUCAAGUCACUGCAGUACUGUUAUACAACUUGCUCAUUUUCAGUCAUGGGCUUCUGUCCUCUCAGAACUUCCUUUAUUUUCCAUAUGUAUUCAAAGGUUUGGAAUCAACUUCAAUAAAACUUUUUGGGGAAAAUUUUAGAUGUGUCCAAAGUUAUGAACAGAGUUCUGAUAAUGCUGUGUAACAUUAAAAAGGAAGUUAAUAUCCAGAUUACCUUGCAUUUCAAAAGUGGUGAUCAAAUUUCUUGGCAGAAAAUGUGACAAAUUGUUCUAAAUUUUUAUAUUUCUUUAUUCUAAAAUUAUUGUUGGCUGUAUCACUUAUCACGUAUUAUUAGCAUCUUCUUGUUUUCGUAAUACUUUAAUGUUAGAAUCAAAUGUCUGUAAAUACCUUUUCGAUGCUUGUUUAUAAUAUUUAAAUGUACAUUUUGUAACUUUAUAGACAAUAAAAAAAUGAAGAAAAUUAA